AAUGCUCUUUUGAAAGAGCUCAGGAUGCAGGGCUGUCAGAUGAACGGCAGACAGGCAUUUUCUAACUUUGUUUGAUCCUCCUCCUUUUAAAAACACUUGCCGAUGACAGAGAGGAGGCAGAAAAAGGUUGCGGCGUGUGUGCUGGGAGUGGAGCGGCUGGAGCGGCGGUGCGGCCGACACAACCUGGAGCUGAACACGCUCAAGACUGUAGAGAUGAUCGUGGACUUCAGGAGGCAUCCUUCGCCACAGCUGCCCCUCACGCUGUCCAGGUGCCAGGUGUCAACCGUCGAGACCUUCAAGUUCCUGGGAAUUACAGUCUCUCAGGACCUGAAGUGGGCGAUCAACAUCAACUCCGUCCCCAAAAAGGCCCUGCAGAGGAUGUACUUCCUGCGGCUUCUGAGGAAGCACGGCAUGCCACAGGAGCUGCUGAGGCAGUUCUACACAGCGGUCAUCGAAUCAGUCCUGUGUUCUUCCAUCACAGUCAGGUUUGGUGCUGCUCCAAAAAAGGACAGACUCCGACUGCAACGGACAAUCAAAACUGCUGAAAGGAUUGUCGGUACCCCCUACCCACCCUUGAGGACUUGCAGGCUGCCAGAACUAAGACAAGAACGUGCAAAAUCCUCUCGAACCCUCCGCAUCCCGGUCACCGGCUCUUCCGGCUCCUUCCCUCAGGUAGGCGCUACCGAUCAAUGCAAACUAGAACUAGCAGACAUUCCAACAGCUUCUUCCCUCUUGCAAUCAACUUCUUAAACAGCUAACCUACAAUUCCAUUGCAACAUGCUGCCAAUUUUUUUUGUCUUGAGUUUGUUGUCACAUUUCUGAAGGGGCCAAUUAUAUAUUACUCGUGCACUCGCUGUCGUAGUCUCACCACGCUGCACUAUUUGCAUAUCUGUUGUUGACCAACAACAAUACUGGCCACCCAUGUGCCUGAGUAGCAUCUGCACCACUUGCACUCUGACUGAGGAGUAUCUGCAACAUUUGCACAAUCGACAUUGUCCCAGAUUAUCGCACUACUAGUCACUUUAAACUGCAUACACUCCUUGAAGUCU